AUGGCAGCGAGCACAAAAUUCGUGCGCCGCGUGACGCAGGCGUUCAUGCGCAACCAGGGCCAUGACUCGGUAACUAUGCAGAACCUGGUUAUCAAGCAUGCCACACCAGGCAAAGUGAAAGCAUCGCUCAAGGUGGAGCAGCACAAUGUAAAUCGUCUCGGCACCGUUCACGGCGGUCUGAUCUGCACUUUGACGGAUACGAUGGGAUCACUUGCCAUCGCCUCGCAUGGGUUCUACAGCACAGGCGUCAGCACAGAUAUACACACUACAUUUGUCAAGCCAUCAGGUAAGGUGGGAGACAGCUUCAACGUCAAUGCUGAAGUCAUCAGCCUUGGGAAGGUCAUGGCGACGACCAGGAUGGAGAUCAGGCAUCCAGUCACGGACGUUUUGCUUGCAUAUGGUUCGCAUACCAAGUUCGUGGGCAAGAUUCACGACCACGUCGAGAACGUUGUCUUUGAUGACAGCGGAGAUAAUGUGCUCAAAGGCAAGCCCAUGAAUGAAUGGCCUGAUGCAUAG